AUGUUGCUCCGACAUAGAGGAGUCGCGCUGAGAGAGUUGAGAGACAGUCUCAUGGCUCCUGAGCGGCCCAAUCCGGACCUCGUGUUGCUGACAAUGUCCACUCUUCUUACAAUGAACUAUAUGAUCAACGACCUGGAUUCCUUUGAAGUUCAUCUCCGUGCCCUGGAGAACAUGUUGGCAUCCACCAAACCCCAAGAUGAUACCGGGAUCAAAAGCUUCGUACGAGGUAGAGUCCUAGCGUUUGGAGUCCUGGCCUCCUUCCUGCAAGCGAAUCAGCCGAGCUAUGCAAACCGGAUCAAUGAGAAAGGCCACAGGAUCAGCACAUUGACGUAUCCCGGCCACCCCUUUCUGCCUGAUCUUUGCACGGUCAUUGCCAAGUUGCCGGAGGGCUUUGCAGAAGUUGCGUUGAGUCGCAGCAUUGCGGUCGAAGUGAUCAGCUUUUUGGUGAAGCUGACGGAACUCAUCAACUGGCUUGCGUCCUCUGAGCAUGGGAGGGCGGCCCAACCGAAGCCUGACAUGACAAUGCAGCGGGCGAUUUAUGAUCUCCAGUGCCUCUCUGCCCUCCAGUUGACUCCAAUCGAAGUGCAAAUAUCCCGCGCAUUGCUGGCGUUCUGUUUACAUCUCUACAACGAGAUGUCGUUCCACAUCCCGCUCGCGCGACCGCUUCGACCGCUCCUAGAAACAUUCAACGCACGUACUGAGACCCCCCGAAGCCCUUGGCUCCAACGCUGCCUUUAUUGGUGCUCGAUAGUGACAGCCAGUGCUUGGGACACCCAGAUUGAUGCAUCUCCUGAACGGCAUGUCGUUCUUGACAACCUGGUCGACAGAUUGCCAGAGGCGACAUCGUGGGAGGACACGGAGGAAGUGAUGAGGAAGUUCCUAUGGCAGGAUCGGCUCGCGGAUGAAUGGGAGGUCUGCUGGCGUGCAGCAUCGUUCAGAAAGCGCCGUCAGAGGAGAGGAGCAUCUCAGCUUGCGCUGCCACCACGCCUGUUAAUCGAGGGUGUACAGAACUCGGAAACUUCAUCGUCCGAAGAACCUUUUUGA